UCCCUCCCUCUUCCUCCCCCAGCCGCUAAUAAAAGAGGAGCCGCUUGCAACCGCAGCUUCAUCCGCUCGAUCUUCGGCCGAAGCAGCAUCAGCAGCAUCAUCAUCAGCAGAGAUGGGGAAGCGCGUGGCUGUGUUGCUGGCGGGGUGCGGGGCCUAUGACGGCAGCGAAAUCCACGAGGCGUCCGCGGCGCUCGUUCACCUGAGCAGAGCGGGAGCCGAGGUGACGGUGUUCGCCCCGGACGUGGCGCAGCACCACGUGGUGGACCACGCGAGCGGCAAGGAGCAGAGCGGGGAGACGGAGCGGAACGUGCUGCGCGAGAGCUCGCGGAUCGCACGCGGCGCCGCGCGCGACCUGGCGCAGCUCCGCGUCGCCGACUUCGACGCGCUGCUCGUGCCCGGUGGGUUCGGCGUGGCCAAGAACUUGAGCUCGUGGGCCUCCGAGGGCGCGAGCUGCUCGCUGCUGCCGGGCGUGGAGGCGGCGCUGCGCGCCUUCAGGGAGGCGGACAAACCCGUGGCGCUGUGCUGCAUCGCCCCCGUGCUCGCCGCGAGGCUCUUCCCGGGAUGCGAGCUCACGGUCGGGGGCGACAGCGAGCAGGGGGGCAGGUUCCCCUACGCGGGCACGGCCGCCGCCAUCCGCGAGCUGGGCUGCACGCACGUGUGCACGGACGUGGGCGAGGCGCACGUGGAUGCCAAGCUGAAGAUCGUGACCACGAGCGCAUUCAUGUGCGCCACGGCGCCCAUCCACCACGUGUACGACGGCGUCGGCGUCAUGGUGCAGGAGAUGCUCAAGCUCGCGUGAGCGGGUGGGGGAGGGGGGGCGGGGGCGAGGAAGGGGGGGAUGGGGGAGGGUGGCGCUGGUGACCCACCCCCCCCCCCCCCAAUUCUCUCUUCCGUUGACCCAUACCUCGUCUCGUCCGCUGACCCAGAUCGCCUCUCCAUCCUACAUGCGUGUUACGUGAACACAUAUGUAGGAUGGACAGCAACAGGAGAAUGUAAAGUGUGUUUUGUUGUUGUUGAUGUUGUUCGGAAAAACGGAAGGAAUCGGAAAGAGAGGAAGACCUCGCAGAGGACGGCUUGACGACGACGACAUCAGAGAUUGGUGCCAGAGUGUCAUACCACGUGAGCGUCUCGUCCAGUCGACACCGACGGCCUAGAUGCCCAUGGAUCGUGAUGAUGAUGAUGGUGAUGAUGAUGAACCUGGUCAAAGGCUGUGUUUAGUGUUGCUGUUGUUGCUGUCUGCGUCUUUGCUUCUCGUGAAUAAAUUUGUUGCGCCGCA